GGGAUUGUGAAAUUGCUUGCAGAAGACACAUCCUAUAUAAACUCAGUCCAACAAACAACCCACAGUCCUGCCUUUAUACUCUGCCAGUAAAGUCUGAAAAGAUCCAGCAGACAGCAGCAUGCUGGGGCUCUUUGUGGCUCUUUGUUUCCUGGCCACAGGCUGGGCACAAGACUGUCUGGUUAGCAACAUCCAUGUCAAAGAGAACUUUGACAAAUACAGAUUUCAAGGAAGGUGGUAUGCUGUUGCCAAGAAAGACCCAGUAGGACUUUUUCUUCUAGACAAUGUUGUUGCCAAUUACAAAGUGGAAGACGAUGGCAAAAUGACAGCCACUGCUGUUGGCAGAGUGAUCAUUCUGAACAACUGGGAGACAUGUGCCCAAAUGUUCUCCACUUUGGAGAAGUCAUCAGACCCAGCCAAGUUCAAGCUCAGAUACUGGGGUGCCACGGCAUACCUCCAGACUGGGUAUGACGACCACUGGAUCAUCGACACCGACUAUGACAACUAUGCAAUCCACUAUGCCUGCAGAGAGGUGGAUGCUGACGGAACCUGCCUGGAUGGUUACUCCUUCAUUUUCUCUCGUCACCCUACCGGCUUAAGGCCCGAAGACCAGCAGAUUGUGACCUCGAAGAAGCGGGAUUUAUGCCUCCUGGGCAAAUACAGACGGGUCACACACAAUGGUUUCUGCGAGGCCUGAAAUGGAUCUGCUGAAGAAGAACCAAUAAUGUAAACUUUUACAUUUCUUGUGUCUAGUAUACAUGUAAAUAAAGAUAUUCGUUUAAACACAAUCCAAUAUCUGCAUGACAAAUGCUAAGUGUAAGAGAAAAAGUUAAGGACUGAAAAUUUGAACACAAAUAAUGUUACCAGUGUGCUAUGGUUACAUGAUGUAAUUUAAGCUACUUAUUAAAAUAAAAUGCUCUUGCUGAA